ACCUCUUCCAGGAUUUCUUCUUUUAUUUAAUCUUCUUUAGUACUUGGAGAUUCACGAGAUUGUUUGUUGCUUCAUUCUAUUCUGGUUUGAUGACUAGUCGAAAAAACACACACUGGUGUAAUACUUGCAGACGAGGAAUCCGUCUUCAAGGACAAGACCUAAGAAGAGGAGGAGGAGCUUGCAUUCACUGUGGUAACACUUUUCUCGAAAGGCUAUGUGAGAAUGUUGAACUAAACCCUUUUGAUUUAUUCGGUUUAGCAAUCGAAGAAUCUCGUAACCGUCGCGUCAACAAUAGAAGAAGACCGGUUCUUGAAAACCAACUGAGUUUUCAAGAGUUGUUUAACCGGCUCUCAGCACAAGACCGACGUGGUCCACCUCCAGCUUCACUAACCGUGAUCAACUCAAUGCCAAAGAUCAAGAUCAGGAAGAAACAUCUCGGUUUGGAUUUGUGUUGUCCGGUUUGCCAAGACCGGUUUGAGAUCGGAUCGUUUGCAAGAAAGAUGCCGUGUAAACAUAUGUACCAUUGGGAAUGUAUAGUCCCGUGGCUAGUCCAGCAUAAUUCUUGUCCAGUGUGUCGCAAGGAGCUGCGAGAAGAUGGGAAUAUUGGUCGGAAGAAUCCGUUGUUGUAUCUAUGGCCGUUUACAUCCUCUGGUUCGGCUUCAGAUUAUAGUGGACCACCUUUUCAUUGAGAUGCUUGUGCCUCAAACUAUGAAGUAUGGAAUACUUUUAGGUGAACUGUUUUUUUUUUUGGUGGAUUGUUGAUUUAAAAAUUCGAGUAUGUCGAUGUAAAAAGGGAUUGUUUCUGUUAUUUUCAGUUACAGAGUUCGUUACUCUGUUUUUAUUUACAGAGGAUUUACAAUGACCGGUUAAUUAAGUACACUGAUUACAC